AUGGUGAUUCAAACAGGACCAUAUCUUGUCCCUACAAUAAAGCUCAAGAGUGUUGCGAAUAGCCUAAAGGGUGAAAGUACUCAUACUUUCGAUUUGUUUUUCAUCAACUACGCCAUCUUUGGCACUAUUCUCCAUGCUACUAUGAUGCUUUCUUGCUUAGUGACUGCCAGACACAAGCUUGAGCUUGCUCUAGUUUGGUUUGGCAAAGAUAAAAUGCAACCUUUUGAAGUGAAGAAAGCUUGUUUGCUUGCUCAUUGUCAAGCUAUUACCUUCUAUCUCCUUAUGAAAUCUGAGGGGUUGUCCGUACAGGAUCAUCCUGUAAUUUCUCGCUUGAUAGAGACCAAGAAUAUGGUAGAGAAGAUUAAGCAAGUUACCAUGAAUCCAGCAAGGCAAAAAGGGAGCACUGAUGACCAUAGUAUGCAUAGCAGCACCAUCCAAACAGAUAAUAUUUUCACAUUGGACAAACAGGAGGGCAAAUUUAGCAAUGUACUAGCACUGGAUAAAGUGAUCCAGGAUGAACAUAUGGGCUUGCAUAGCCUGGAAAUGUUAAAGGUAAGAGCAAACCUUGAGGAAAGAUUAAAGAAAAAAGGGCUGACAAAGUCGAAGCCAGAGAAGUUGUCAAAAACCAGGACAACUAGUAAUAAAAGAGGCCUGCAGACAUUGGAUGACUUUGAUGAUGAAGUGCUGAAGAAUAAUCAAAUGAUGAAACCUAGCAAGCUUGUUGCAGCUGCUGCUAAAUCAAAUAAAAGCAUGUUUGUUUCUGGUGAUGAUGACCUUCCGAAGAGAGAUAAUAUUGGAGAAAGACGGAGGAAACACGAGCUUCGUGUUCUAUCAAGAGUAGGAGCUAACUCAGUGGAAGAUCAUGACUUGCCAGAUGGUGACGCUUCUGAAGAUGACGCUUCUGAAGAUGACCAGGAGUUGCCAGAAGGUGGUGAUGCUUCGGAAGAUGGCUUCUAUGAGGAUGUUAAAAGACAGAGGACUGAAAAACUAUCAAUCAAGAAUGCUCUGUACUCGAGAACUCCGGUCGUUGAACCUCCGGAGGAAGAAACUGAAGGCGAUGGCAAGAGGACGAUUUCGUAUCAGAUCUUGAAGAACAGGGGGUUGACACGUUCCAGGAACAAGAAAAAGAAGAAUCCACGAAAGAACUACAGGGAUAAGCAUAAAAACAAGCUUGUCAAGCGGAAAGGCCAAGUGCGUGAUAUCAAGAAGCCCUCUGGUCCAUAUGGAGGUGAAAUGUCUGGUAUCAACCCGAAUGUCAGCCGCAGUGUUCGGUUCAAGAGUUGA